UUGUCUUCUCCCGCCAUGUCGUCCCACCGUGACUCCCGCCCACUGCAACUGCUGGACCUCCCUGCAGAGCUCGUCCACACGUGCCUCCUGCCCUUGUCGCUUUCCGACCUCGCGCACUGUCUGCACACCGGCAACCGCGUCCUCGCGGAGAUAAUCUCCUCGUCGCUUGCGAUCCGCUAUCGCGUCGCGCAGGAGCUGGCGGGCGUAUCGAUAUCGGAGAACCGCACUGCGCAGGGCCUCCGCGGGCUGGACACUGCCUCCCGCCUGACGGCCCUUGACGCGCGGGAGCGGCGCUGGCGGGAGUUCUCCCCGCUUUCCCGCCACACGAUUCCGUACCCGAGAUUCCCGGUGAUGCUGUAUGCGAUCGAUGCCGGGCGGUGGCUUGCGGCGGAGGCGGGCACGGGACCGGGGAUGCAGGACAGGGCGGUGGCGCUGCACUAUACGGAGCUGGCCCCCGGAAAUGGGAAGGGGGACGCGGACUCGGAGGCACGGUGGCGGACGGUGUUUACGGGGACGCCGUUUGCGAACUUCUCGACGGCGCUGGUGGAGCAUGAUUUGCUGGUGAUUAUUACUGUGGUGCCUUGUGCGGACGACCCAGCCAAGAUCUCGCUGGAUGCGCUGAUGUUGUCGUUCUCAACGGGCGCGCCUCACCCGAUGGCCUCCAGCUCGACGAUCCACAUCGAGCGCCGGACCGUGCUUGACGCGGUGACAGACGUGGCGGUCGAGAUCGUCGGCGACAUCCUGGCGAUCUCGCUCAUGAACGCGGUACACUCCUUCGCCGACUCAAAUCGCCUGCACGUGUUCGAUUGGAAGCGCGGGGUCACUAUCUUGACACCCACGCCGAUAACAAGCAUCGGCAUCAUGUUUCUCGCCCCCGGUGUGAUCCUGGUGCCCAACGCGGCUGACAACGGUCUCGACGUUUACCUUUUCCCGCCCUUCUCCCCGUCCCCACUCGACCAACAGCCAGUACAGUUGCUUCUCCCCGCGCUCGCCCCGCGGACCGUGCUCCCCCCAAUGGAGAUGCACUGCCGCCAGUCACCGAACCCCCGCCUGUCCACCGAGCACCCUCACCUCUCCCCCGUGCGCUUCCCACCCGCGGCCGACGCCGCGGCCGUCUUCAUCUCCUACGAGACGGAACAGGCGGUGGACGAGCGCUUCACCGGGACGACGACGCAGACACACCUCUUCGUGCUCCAGCCUAAGCCGAUGCUUGCCGUGAUCCGCGCGGCCCGGGCCCGGACGGCGGGGGUGGCGCCGGGUGAUCCGGCGGUGGUGCCGUGGACUGAUUGGGGCGCACGGUGCACGCGCUGGCUGGACCCUGUGGAGACCGCGCCGGCCAUGAUCCUCGCGAGCGAGGGGCAGCGGCUGCUCAGCUACCCGCCGUUCAACCCGCGCGGCUUGGCGGGCCGCCCCCCGCAGUCGCUCCGCAUGUUCGACUUCAACCCGCGGCGCGUUGCGGCCGCCCGGCGCACGUCCAAGCUCGGUGCUGGGGUCCGCCUGGUCGAGGCCGGGCCGCUGCCGCCCGAGCUGUGCGCGGACUUUGCGGAGGCGGUGGGGUCGGGGAUCGCGUAUGUGGAGAGCACCGCGCCGGAGGGGUGUGAUUUUGAUAACGCGUAUUUGAGCGAGGAGUGUAUUAUCGGGCGGAAGUAUGAACAUGAGAAGAGGAGGGGAGAACGGCUGGAGGUGUGGUAUUUUGGGUAA